UAUGUUGCAGAAAUUCUGAUACAGAUAUGUAGAGUGACUAUAAUCAGAGUGGCGACAGCUGUUCGUUUGGAAUGACAGCUCCCAGUUCCAAACGAGCAAACGACCUGUCAAUUCAAUGUAAAGCUAAUGGAAUGUUUUGAAUUGUUGCCAAAAUUACGGAUGAGAUGUCGUCACUCUGGUUAUAGGCACUCUACAGAUAUGGUACCGGUACAUUUUUGUUCCGGAGAUUUUUGGAAAAAAAAAUGAUCAGGCAACGCUGACCGCUGGUUGUGUUUGUUUACAUUAAUUGUCGCAAAAUAGGUCAAGAAACGCAAGAAACAUUUUAAUUUAAAGCUUACAUUGGGAUCUUGCUGUAAUGAAAAAACCAGAAAAUUUGGUCAAUUUCUAUUAAUUACGCAGGCUUUUACAUAAUUAGAUUUUUGUAUUACUGAUGAGUUCCUAGUCUUCAAUAUGUUGAAUCUUAACGUUGGCUUAAUGGGCCAUGUCGAUUCUGGCAAAACAACACUGGCCAAAGCACUUAGUGAAAUCGCGAGCACCGCCGCAUUUGACAAGAAUCCGCAAUCUCAGCAAAGAGGAAUUACACUUGAUUUAGGAUUCAGCGCUUUACGAACAGAUUUACCGGCAGAAUUACAAGGACACGGCAAUUGGAACCAGUUGCAGUACACAUUUGUGGAUUGUCCUGGUCAUGCGAGUUUAAUUCGAACGAUUAUCGGAGGGGCUCAGAUAAUUGAUUUGAUAGUUUUGGUAGUCGAUAUCGGCAAAGGCAUACAAACACAAACCGCAGAAUGUCUCGUUAUCGGUGAGUUAACUAGUCGAAAAAUGAUUGUCGCAUUGAACAAAAUUGACACGAUAGAGGAGAAUAGACGUGUCAAAUUGGUUGAUAAAAUGAAGAAAGGAAUCACUUCAGUGCUCAUGAAAACGGUUUUCGAAGGGUCUCCAAUUGUCGAAAUCUCCGCCGCUAAGGGAAUAAAUUUAGACCAAUUUGUUCUUACCUUGAAGUCCAUCUCUUUCAUUCCAGUACGAGACUAUAACAUGCCAUUCUUGUUUGCAGUUGAUCAUUGUUUUACCAUUAAAGGGCAAGGGACUGUUUGCACAGGAACCGUGCUACAGGGACAAAUAAAACUCAACGAAGAAGUUGAAAUACCUAAAAUAAAAUCAACCAGAAAGGUGAAAUCUAUUCAAAUGUUUCGACAAUGUCAGGAAAUUGCUCGACAAGGGGAUAGAGUAGGAAUUUGUAUAACCCAAUUCGAUCCCAAACAACUCGAAAGAGGAUUGAUUUGCACACCUGGAUUUGUUUUGACUACGUAUGCCACAAUUAUUCGAGUGAACCGUAUAAAAUAUUUUAAAGGACCUAUAAGAAAUAAGUCCAAAUUUCACGUUCACAUCGGAUACGAAACGGUUUUGGCAUGCAUCACACUAUUCAAAGAAGAAAAAGUUCAGAAUGCAGAAUUUAAUGCAAACGUAGAAUACGAAUUGAUCGAUGAAAUUGAGAUUGACGCAUCGGACAAAGAUGAUCACGUCUUUGCAUUAUUGGAAUUCGAAGUCCCUAUUCAAACGGUGACAAGUGCUCUGGUGAUAGCAUCUAAAUUGGACGCAGACAUUCAUAAGAAUCAAUGUCGUUUAGCUUUCUUCGGCCGCAUGGAACAUCACGUGUCCAAUAAAGAUUACAAGAGUCAAUUUCUUCCUCAGUUGAAGAUAUACAAGAAGAAACAUAAGAUCGGAUUCGUCCAACGAAUAGUGAAUGAAUCGGAGCUCAUUGCCGCUGGUUUGUUCAAAAAAGAAGGAAACAAUCGACAGGCAUUCAUUGGAUUACGAAUACAGCUGAGUUCAGGCGAGUGGGGUGUUAUCAAUAAUACCUUCGGGGCAAGUUCCAAGGUCAGACUGCGAUUCCGUACUCCACUCAGCGAGGCAACUCUCGCAAGAUUACGACAGAAGAAUAAUUCUGCAGAUCAAGUAAAAGUGGAGCUGAGGUUCAGGAAAUAUGUUUUUACCAAGGAUGAAGUCGGCAAUAAAGUGGUUCAGUAG